CUCCCACCUGCGCAGAUUUGCUCCCAGAGGUUGGGGGCCGGGAGUUCCUCCAUAGCAGCCGCGGCAGGAGGAGGAAAGGGGAGCGGUUGCUAGGCAACCUCAAAGCCGCGGGCGCCCGGCGGCGGUUUCCCCGCUAGGCCGCGGCGCCUGUUUUCCUUUCCGGGUCAGGCCGAGCGAGGCGAAGUGUUUUCGCGGCUUUCGAAGAAGCGGCGCCCAGGUAGGGGAGGGAAGGAGCUGGGGUCGUAGGAGGAGGCAGGCAGGCCAACGGGCCCCGCUUUCCUUCCUCAGGACAGGUGAGUGGCGGUGGGGGGGGGGGGGAGAAGGCUAGAGGGAGGGGUCGGUUUCUGUGGGGUGAGGGGAGGCUUUGGCUUCCGUAGGGCUGGGAGGCCCGUGACCCCCAAGCAGCGGUGGGGGGGGGGGGACAACUGCGGCCUUCCAGAUGCUGCCGGCCUCCCGGCUCUCCUCACUCCCAGGCCGCGUGGCUCAUGGCCGAGGCUGCCGUGGGAGGAGUUGGGAGUCCAGCAAGAUUAGGAGAGUCCUGAUGUCCAUGUCAUUAAGUUUCAUUUAUUUUUUUAUACCAUCCUUCAUCCGAGGGUCUCAAGGCGGCAGAAAAAGCAACAACAACGCAGGAAUACGUAACGUAAUAAACAAAAUAAUCACACACACACACACAUUUUUUUUUGAAAGGCCACAGGUGGUUUAAGUAAGUGGCCAAAGGCCUGGGAGAAGAGAAACAUUUUCACCUGAUCAGAAUCAGAAGAAUCUUUAUUUUGCAUCAGCCACUAGUCAUAGCAAUAAAAUAAAAUAAAACAUACUGACGAGAGAGGUGAAAACUUAACUAUAGAAAAUACAUUUUUGGGGAGGUUACAUCAAUAAUCAAAUAAUAGACCUUAUUCUAAUUGCCCCCGCUAAAAACCUUGCAGUUUUUGCUGUCACCUGAUCAUCUUGAUCUGCUAAAAGAAAGGGGACAGUAGCAGCGGUUGGGCAACCCAGCGUAGACAAUAAUAGAGGGGUAAUAACCUCAAAUCUUUUUAUAAAGAGUGCAAGCCAGAAGCAUAUGAGGCACUGACUCAAUUCUGCACGCCUAAAGAGAUGCAACAAAGUAUGGUUUUAAAAGCAUGGUCAUGAUUUAUUUAGUUUUCGAUUUUAUUGUUUUGUCUUUUUGUAAACAGCUUUAAAAAGAACGAACAAGCAGUGUAUAAAUUGUAUGAAAAAUAAAUAAGCCUCUCUACAGAGCAACUACAGAAAAGACUUGUUCUUCUGUUGCCGCUCCUGGUUUGAGACCAGGAUACCUAAAAGAUUGUCACACCCCAUAUAUGCCCUGCCAGCCACUGUGCUCUUCAGAAGAGGGCCUCAUGCAGGUAUGAUCUUUACAGGAGGUCCGUCCCACAGGGCCUUUAGCGUGGUGGCAUCCCCCCUUUUGAACUCUCUGCCAUUAACUACUAGGCAAGUGCUGCCUCUGAUGUCUUUUUGGCAUCUGUUGUCUUGUUGACCAUCCAACAAGCCUUUUAAAUUGAGGUCCUUAUUCCAGCCUGCAUCUGAACUAUUUUUACCUGUGUUUGUUUUUUUUAAUACGAAGUUGUUUUUAAUUGUUUUCUAUGUGGAACUGUUUUCGAUUAUCUUUACACAUGCAUAGGGUUGUAACUGUUUUAUUUGAUUUAUAAUUACACAUUUUAUUGCUGUAAGUCACCUUGUGGUGAAGGAAAAGGAAGAAAUCUUACUUAAUAAAUAAGGGUGGGAAUGCAUAUUGUUUGUCCACAUGGAGAUGUGUGAUAAGAUGGGGGGAAAGAGACCCAAUAUGUAUGAAGUGUUCGUGAAUAUGUGCCUUUAACACUAUUUAUUUCUGUAUACCUUCUUGUCUGACUCCUUUUGCACUGUUAAAUAUAAGAGCACAGGAGGAGCCAUGCUGGAUCAGUCCAAGUGCCCAACUAUCAUAGAAUUGUAGGGUUGGAAGGCAUCUUAUAUUUACAGCAGCCAUUUGGAUGCCUGUGGCAAGCAGGACAUGAGAGUAAAAACACUCCUGUUGUUGUCACCUCAUUCAUUCAUUCAGAGGCCUGUUGCAUCUGAUUCUGGAUGUAGUACAUACAGAAAUCAUGACUAGUUGCCAUUGACCACCCUAUCGUUCAUGAAAUUGCAUAAUUCCCAUUUAAAGCUCUCUAAUUUGGCUGUAUGCCCACAGUCCGCUGUAACAAAGAAUGUCACUGGAAUUGCUUGCAGUGAAGGACAGUGCUACUUAUUUAACUUAUUUAAGAGUGUAGAGAUCAUCUCCUUCCCCUGCAGCAGAAAAUGUGUCAAGCAUGGAAAUAGCUGCCAAAAAAGAGAGAGCAUGUCUCAAGUUGCUGAUAAAUUAUUAGUAGCCUAAUGUGUUUCAGCAAAAAAGCAUUAUUCUCAUGGGAGAAGGGAGAGAGGAACACACAAACCUGGAGUAAGGCUAAGCUUGUAUACAUCUUGCUAAACUAUAAUGAUACCAACUGUGGUAAGUUACUACUUGGUAAAUGGGUGUCUGCUUUUUGUUUUUCAGAAUAGUCAUAAAGGAUGCAAGCAACAAAACUGAUAGAUCUGUGCAGAUAAAUAUUAAAGUUAACGCUAUGGUUAGAAACCAGGCAGCUGUUAUAAUAGAAGAAAAUGGCUAUUAUGAUUUACAAACCAAAGUCAAGGCAAAGAAAAAGAAGCGCUUGGUAAAUGGAGAGGGUUCAGAUCAGAUAGAUUCAAUGAAGAAAAAUGCUUCCAAAUUGAAGAGCAAAGGUUGUACAAACCUUCCUAUUGUUAUAGAAAGCAGUUCAGAUUCAGAAUUAUUAAAAGAAACUGAUGAAAUGCCUAAGAAGCUCAAGAGAAAAGGAACACAAAGAUUUUCUUGUAAUCAAGAUGGUGAUUGUGAGAUUUCUAGUAAAGAGCUGCCAAUAGAACAGCAGGAAGCCCCUUUUUUCAUUAGUAAGAAACGCAAAAGGGAUAUUCCAGACAGUGAUGGAGUUGGUGAUGGAUUUCCUGCAAAGAAAAAGAAGAAGAAGAAAAAAACCAAACUUGCUCACUAUGUGAUACAACUUAGUGGAGAAGAUGAGGAUGAGCCUGUAAAACACGUCUCCAAAAAACAAAAAACCAUUUCCCAGGAGACAAUGUUUCAGACUCUUGUCCAAAAUGCUGCAAGUGACAGGGAUAUUGUAAUGAAAAAAAAAGUUUGCUGCUUAAAAGAAAAAGGUAUUGCCAACACUGUACACCAGUUAGAAGAAGAAUUUGGUUGCAAGAGGAGAGCUCUUGGUUUUCAACAGCAUCUAGAGGGCACAGCCAAUGUAUCAGAAGAAGAAAGCAAAGUAAUGAAGAAGAAGAGGAAGAAAAAGAAAAGAAAGCAACCUCUUCUGACAUCAGAGGAUAACCAGGAAAAUCAGUCUUGUGUUUCUAUUGAAAGCCAACCAAAACAAAAAUCUAAAACAAAGCCAAGCAAUGGCAAGGAGAAAACAGGUCUGAUCUCAAACUCUGAACGAGACAGCAAAGUGAAGAAGAAGAAAAUGAAGAAGAGGAAAACCCAAACCAAAGUUGCAAGCGAUCAUCCAGCUCUCUUGGAGGAUGAUGGAGAUGUGGCUACAAAUGAGAGCUGGUCAGCAACAAAGAGGACUAAGAACGCCCCCAAAUCCAAAAAGGCGCAAGACCAUGUAGUGAGCUGGGAAGAUGGCAGAUCUGAAAAUGACAGCAGGCAGCACAUCAAGAAGAAAAAGAAGAAGGACCGGGAGAACAGAGGCGCCAAAGCCUGUGAAGAAGAGCCCAGUUUCAAGAAAGCAAAGAUUAAACAAGAAGCAAAGGUAGCUUCUAAAUAGAACUUGCUAUUUGCCAUUUCUUAUGUAGUUUGUUUUUAUCCCACCUGUCCUCCAGUAAGGUCAGAGUGUCAUGUGUGAUUCUGCUUCCCUCUCCCUUGCCCUCCCCUGCCCCCAUUUUAGCAUCACGAGUGCCUGAUGGGAUAAUAAUAAUAAUAAAUUUUAUUUAUACCCCGCCCUCCCCAGCCAAGACUAACAACCAAUAAUAAAAACAAGUUGAUUAAAAUACAACUUAAAAACAAGAUUAAAAUACUACAUUAAAACAGUAAGAUGCAGCCUCUUCACAGGAGGAGAAAGGAAAAAAGAAAAAGGGGGAGGGAAUCAAAUUGAUUCAAAGCCAAAGGCCAGGCGGAACAACUCUGUCUUACAGGCCCUGUGGAAAGAAAUCCGAUCCUGCAGGGUCCUUGUCUCAUGAGACAGAGCGUUCCUCCAGGCCGGAGCCAGUGUUGGAAAGGCCCUGGCUCUGGUUGAGGCUAAUCUAACUUCCUUAGGGCCCGGGACCUCUAGGUAGGUUGGGUUGGGCUGGGAAAGUGUAGUUCACCCAAAAUUCAUGGCUGAAUGAGGAUUUGAAAUUUUAGCAUUCUUUGAGAAUGUAAGUAGGGGUGACCCAGUCAACAUUGUGUCUUUAAAUUUUUGAAAACCUUUUGUCAUAAAGCUCCUCACCAAAGACUUUUGGGAUAAGAGGACAGGAUCAAUAAACUUGAAAGCAGAGAGUAGAAAUAAAUACACAGUUCUUAAAAUGGAGGAAUGUAAGAAGUGGGGAUUUCAAAUCCUCACUCAUGUUUGAGUGGGUAUUUGAACCCUGGUCUCUCAGGUACUAGUCUGACGUUCCAAGCACUACGCCACACAGGUUCUUUGGGGCGGUUAUCACCUCUCCUUUCAGUUAUCUGUUCUUUCUCUACUACCACAAUAAUGUGGUGAUACCCACCAAUUUGGACAGCCUUAAAGGGGGAUCAGACAAAUUUGUGAAGGAUAAGGCUGUUGGUGACUAAUAGGCAUAUUUUAGCUUUCUUGCUUCCAGUAUCAGAGGUAGUGUGCAUUCAGACACCAGUUGCUGGAGAUCACAAGUGUGAGGGUGUUUUUUGUACAGUAGUACCUCGGGUUAAGUACUUAAUUCAUUCCGGAGGUCCGUUCUUAACCUGAAACUAUUCUUAACCUCAAGCACCACUUUAUCUAAUCGGGCCUCCUGUUGCCGUCAUGCUGCCGGAGCACGAUUUCUGUUCUCAUCCUGAAACAAAGUUCUUAACCUGAAGCACUAUUUCUGGGUUAGCGGAGUCUGUAACCUGAAGCGCAUGUAACCUGAAGUGUGUGUAACCCAAGGUACCACUGUACUCCUGUUUGUGGACUUCCCUUCGCCAUCUUUUUGGCCACUGUGGGAAGAGAAUGUUGGGCUACAGGAGCUUUUGGUCUGAUCUUAUCUUGGCCAUGGCUACCAGUAACUUCAUGAAGAGAUGGCAGGGCUCCAAUAGCCACUCUGUGGCUUUAAUCUUCCAUUUUUAUACAGUGGUGCCCCGCAAGACGAAUGCCUCGCAAGACGGAAAACUCGCUAGACGAAAGAGUUUUCCGUUUUGGAGGUGCCUCACAAAACGAAUCUGCUAUGGGCUUGCUUCGCAAGACGAAAAUGUCUUGCGAGUUCCUGGUUUUUUUUUUCCUUUCCCCCCUCUUUUUCUAAGUCGCUAAGCCGCUUAUCUGCUUAUCCGAUAAGCUGAUAAGUUGCUAAAAGCCGCUAAAAGCCGCUAAUAGCGCUAAUCCGCUAAUCCGUCAAUGGGCUUGCUUCGCAAGACGAAAAAACCGCUAGACGAAGAGACUCCCAGAACGGAUUCUUUUCGUCUUGCAAGGCACCACUGUACCAUUCUUUUGGUAUAAUGUGGAAUGCUAACCAUAUCACGCUUAAACAUGAGCGGGUUUUCCCAGUGAUACUCAAAAUGUGCACUCUUGUUUUUCAGGAAGGGGAUGAAGAAAUAAAAGUGGUGGCAUUUAAGAAAGGAAACUGUGACGAAAUACAAAUAGACAAGGUACAACCUUAUUCUUUUGUGGCUCUUUUGGAGUCUUAUUGUGGCACAUAUUAGGCUGAUUUGGAUAAUGUUCUGUGUUUGGCUCACAUGGACGUGAUGAAGCAGGAUCUCAUCUGCAUGUCCUGCCCUCUCGGGAUACCCAUCUUGGGCUAUGCCAGACUUUUAUGUGCUGCUUCCCAGUUAGUGACUAUGUGGUUUUCGGGUUAGUGACUAUGUGGCUCAGACUUAUGUAGGUUGUGGAUUAUGCUCCUAGUCAUUAUCACUUGAUUUAUAUACCACAUUUUCCACAAGAACAUCUGUGUUUAAAGUAUUUCACAUACAAAACAGUCACUGACUGAUCAGCCAUAGUUUAAACAAUCAAACUGUGAUGAGUUUUGGGCUCACACGGUCCCCUCUUCCACUUCUCGUACAAAGAUGGAAGAGUGGGAAGCGAGAGCAUGCAGCCUCAGAGUUGACACAGCUUGUUCCCACCAGUCACGUAUAACCCAUAAACUGUAGUUUAAUUGAUCAUCUGAACCAAGGUGUUGUUUGGGCAACUCCAGUGUGAGAGAAGUGGCGGUUUUAGGAUAAGAUUGUAUGAUCCUCUGUAAAUUGAGAAUUGUAUCAAGAAGGGGGCCUGUUAUCUAGCAGAUAAUUGUGUUUCACGACUCUAACCAUGGAAGGACUCAGCUUCAGGCACCACCUGCAGUUCUGCUGCUUUGGCCACCUAUUCUUGCUCUGUGGUAGUUCUGUAAUUCUGGGCACAGCAUCAGAUGUGCAAAGCCAGCCUUACUCCCCAAGUGCUGGAUUCAAAUGUGUUGGUUCUUUGUGAAUGAGAUGAGCUUAGAAGUCCUGAGGCUUUCAGAUUUGUCCUCUCCCCACCUCCACCUGCUCUUCUUUUCUUGUUUCCUGGUCUUCCUGAUAAGCCCGCUUUGUUUUGUCAAGCUUGCUUGCAUUUUUUUUUUUUUUUAUGGCAACAGGCACCUACUUUAGAACAGGAGAGUGGUAUUUCAAGCACUCUGGAAAUGUAUCCAGGAGGCACUGGGAAGGUUGCCCAUCUCUGAUGCAAGGGAAUUUUGAAACUGGAGUAGCUGGCUGGGGAGGGCAACUGGAUAAUGCCAAAGGGGUUCAAAAUGUCUGAUUGUUUCCAUGGGUAUUUUAUCAUCCCUCCUUCAUUGCCACUCUUUUCCAUGUACACAGUUUGAGGUCAUCCACUACCUGCAGUGUUCUCAGAGCCAAGUAAAUGCAGCCUCCCAGUCUGUAAAACAUUCUUUCUCUGCAUUUGUGUAUUUUGAGAACUGCUUGUCUUGCAGAUGCUUUUUACCUUCGCAAAUUCUUGUAUGCGUAAAAGGGUUGAAAUUGUGCCUUUUCUUUCCUGCAAGUAACAUUUUGGACACUUCUCCCCUUAACUUCUUGACGUUUCUAAGCAGUUUUACAAUCAAACAAUAUUUUUUUGCCCUCAUGCGCAUAUUUUCCCCAUUUUUCCAUGCCAGUUGAGACGGCAGGCUCUCCAAGAAGAGAUUGACAGGGAAUCUGGCAAAAUGAAGACUGUCAAGGAAGAGGGAGAAUCGGUAAGCACGAGCUCUGCAAGAGCCCAGGUAGCUAGGACAAAGCAGCCUUGCACUGUGGUUGACUUGCGAUGCUAGUCAUGUCUGUGGUUUGGCACGCCAAUCUCUCAUCUGAUUGGAAACUUGAGGUCAUGCUGUAGAACAAAUGAGUCCAGUCUUUAGAGAUGCUGAAACCAGAGCACUCUGACCUCCAGAAAACUGUGAUUCCAGUUGUUAAUCCUGAAAAAUAGCAUUUUUGCUCCGAUAGUCCCUUAAUGGAAUUAGUUGUGGUAUCUUUGCUGUAGAAUUUUUGUGUGUUUGUUUGUUUCUGUUUGCUGUGGAAUAUAAAUAACACUAGCCCUUGGACAUAGCUCUCACGCUCUGAUUAGCACUGCCAUGUUUCUUUUCUCCAUGACUGCAAAAGAUGACCAGUCAGAGGCAGAGAAUCGGAGGGAGCCUACCUUUUCCCUGCAUUUAGUGGACUGCACCAUCUGAUACUCUUAACUGCAGGAAGCAGUUGCCCCCUUUGAAGAAUGUGGUCCCCAAAUCCCUGGCGGAAGUGAGCUAGCCUGUCUUGGGAGCUGGAGUAAUGGCACAAUUGAGGUUCUCUGUGUUUGCUGACUUAGAUGGGGAAAUUGAGUCUUAAAUUGCCAAGAGGGGUGUUAAAAGGUUUCUGUACUUUAGGUGAAUAGGCCAUCUUGGGUAUCGAUUGGCAUCUGCUCACAUUAGAAGUCCAGCUGUCUCAAAGGGCCACUUCACACAUGACAGAUUUCCUCUCUGAAUUAUCACUUCUGUGUAAAAGCAUAAGAGCCUCUGUUGGAUCAGGCCAGUGGCCCAACUGAUCCAGCAUCCUGCUCUCUCAAUGGGCAACAUCCAGAUGCCUGUUGGAACCAUGCAAGCAGGAGCUGAACUGUACUCUCCCCGUUUGUGAUUCCCACUAACUGAUAUUCAGAGGCGUAGUGCCUCUGACAGUGAAGGUAUGCCUAGUCUAAAGGUAUGUGCUGAAAAUAAGCUGGUCUGCCUCUGGUCACUCCCUGGAUGGUAGACUACAUUUGCUGCCCUGGCUAGUCCUAUUCAGUUAUAGUAUCAUAGAAUUGUAGAGGUGGAAGGAACCCCCAAGGGCCAUCUAGUUCAACCCUCAGCAGUGCAGGAAUCACAGCUAAAGAACCCCUGACAGAUGGCCAUUCAACAUCUGUUUAUAAGCCUCCAGUGAAGGAGAGUCCAGCACCUUCCAAGAUAGCCCAUAUCCCUGUCAAAUAGGUCUUACCAUCAGAAAGUUAUUCCUAGCGACUGCUAGGAUAGCUCAGUUGGUAGAGGAUGACACUAUUCAUCUCAGGAUUGUGGGUUCAAGCGCCACAUUGGGCAAAAGAUUGUUGCAUUGCAGAGGAUUGGACUAGAUGAACCUCGAGGUACCUUCAAACUCUAUGUUUGGUUGGAAUCUUCUUUCUUGUAAUCUGAAUCCAUUGGUAUAGAUUCUACCAUCUAGAGCAGGCUUCCUCAAACUCGGCCCUCCAGAUGAUUUUUGGCCUACAACUCCCAUGAUCCUUAGCUAGCAGGACCAGUGGUAAGGGAUGAUGGGGAUUGUAGUCUCAAAACAUCUGGAGGGCCGAGUUUGAGGAAGCCUGGUCUAGAGCAGCAGAAAACAAACUUGUUCCAUCUUCAUUUGACACCUCUUCAGAUAUUUAAAGGUGUCUGUUUCCUCUCAAGUCUUCUCUUCAGGCUAAACAAACCCUGCUCCUUCAACUAUUUCUCAUAAGGCUUGGUUUCCAUCGUGGUCGUCCUCCUCUGCAAAUGUUUCAGCUUGUCGUUAAAACUGGAAUGCCAGGUGGAUGCUUGCAACCUCUAAAAGAGUUGUAAGGUAUUUCAGGUGAAGGAAGCUGGACAGUUUGGGGGUUUUUUUGUAAAUGCCCAGUUGUGCUUUAAAUGUGCAAAUGUCUAGAUGGCUGUAGAGUUGUCCUCCAGCUGACAUUUAUGCAGGGAAUCCCAAUCCCUUGGCGACGGCCUCUCAGAAUGCAUUAGCACCUGGAAGAACAGGAGUGACAGAGCCCAAUGGCAAGCUUCACAAAAAGCCAGCUAAAAAGGGUAGGGAAAAAUAAAGACAUGUUGGAGAGCUGCUCAGAGUUAACCUCCAAAAUUGCAGGGUUUGGAAAAGCUGUUCUUACGCCUGCACGAAUCUCACCACCACCACCGCUAAGUAGAAUUAAUUGUUUGUAAGCUGACAUGUCUGGGUGCAGAAGCUGAGAAUGGAGGAAGUCUAGACAAUUGGAAAGAAGAGUUGGGCAUGGUAGGAAAUGAAAAAUCAGAAGGCAGUGGUUCAGAGAACAUCUCCCGUAGGACUCCUGUCUUUCUGUUGGUUCCCUGGGAAUGCCUGGAGGGCUGGUUGCUGCCUCUUUUGUUUUGACUGCUGUUGCUGUCACCUACUGAUGGUGAGAGGAAGCAGGGGGAGGGAUUGGGGAGGGUGAGAGGGAGAGGCAAUGCAUGUGUGCGUAAAUGUGGGGAGGGGGAUGGAAAGGAAGGGCAAAACAAGGAGAACAUUUAUUCUCUUGAAUCAUCUCUCCCUCUUGUAUACCCAACAGAGCACUGCGCUCUGCAGGUGAGGCCCUCCUCCAGAUACCACCUUAUCUGGACAUCGUACAAUGCAGGAAUCAGGCCUUUAGCAUGGCACCUACGCUUUGUAACUCCCUCUCUUUACAUAUCAGAUAGGCACUGUCUCACUUGUCUUCUUUGGCACCCGUUUCCUCUUCCAAACGAGCCACUUAAAGGGAGAUUGUAAUCCCAAUCUUUAUUUGUGUUGGACUUGAAAUUGUUUGAACACAACGCUUUUAUUGUCUUGAUGUUUUUACUGUUAAGUGGCUUUGGACUGUUUUAAGGGAAGUGAUUCAUAACUAAAUAGAUGCAUAGGAAGCUGCCUUAUUGUUCAUCUAGCCCAGUAUUAGCUAUUCUGACUGGCCUUGGCUCUUCAGGUCUCAGAAAAGGGCGUCUUCCCCAUCUCCUGCUUCCUGACCCUUUUAAAGAAUUUGAGUCUGGGAACCUCUGUCUGCAAAGCACAUACUCUACCACUGAGCCUGGUGUGGGGAAUCUCUAACCCUCCAGAUACUGCAGAACUACAACACUCACCAUCCCUGACCAUUGCUUGUACUGGCUGGGGCUGUUGGGAAUUGUUGUUCGGCAGCAAUCUGGAGGGCCAAAUGGUCCUCACGCCUGCGCUAAGCUGUUACUAGUUCUGGCCUGUGCCUCUCUGCCUCCUGCACCUUCCUCACUUAUUUGCAUUGAUAUAUUUAUAUAGACAAUCCUGUACUUUGCAGAAGGUAUGCUUACUGAGAUGCAGCCUUUGCUGUCUUGCUCAGGCCAUAAGGCAUGUGCCAUCUUCUAGCAUGAAAAGACAGUGCAGUGCCCAGUACAUUUUUAAAAAAAAUAUAUUUAUAGAUUCUACAUUUCAUAAGAAUACAGCAAAAUAGUAGACACCAUACGAAAUUGCAGUAAGAUCAAUAAAAAUGAGUGGGAAGAGGAUAGAAAAAUAAACAUUUCAGAGGCCUGUCUGUGUUAAGAGUUUUCAGGAAACAUCUGAAAGGAGGCGCGGGGGGGGGGGGGGGAUUCCUGUCAAUCCUCUGGUGGCAGGGAGUUCCAUAGGGCAGGGCCUGCCACACUAAGGGCUUGGUCCCUAGUAAAGGCUGACUGAACCUCAGGGAUGUGAGGAACCACCAUCAGACAAUCUUAGUGGUUGAGUUGGAGCACUGUGAACAUGUACCCCUGCAUCACACUGUUCUCCUUUUUUCCUUCUUUGGCUAUAACCUGCAUUUGGUUGGCUAAUAAACUUGAUUUAGGUCCUUUGGGGCACUAAUCCACACUUGUGCCUUGCAUUUCAGGAUGUCCAUUUUGGCCAGUGGACCACAGCAACCUUUGAAAAUUCAGAGCAAAAAACCAAGUUCCUCCGGCUGAUGGGUGGAUUUAAGAAGGGUCCUGUACCAGUCCAAGGUCCUCCAGCACAUGCCUCCAAGCUGAACAUGGCUUUGGACAAGAGCAAAGAGCAGAACCUGCAGCAGAAGCUACAGACUGAAUUUGAGAAGGCGUUAGCUUGGAAGCACCACAGAGGCAUCGGCCUUGGAUUUCAGCCUCCCAUUCAGAAGCAGGUGCACAUAGAUAAAUUUGCAUCAAGAUCUAUAAAAUUUGAAGACUGAACUAUCAGGGAGGCUUUCCUAAAUCAUGUUUGGUUUCCUUAACAGUGCUUCUUCUGGGGGAGGGGUCGGGGAGAACAACAUUUGGUGGAAUGACUAAGAAUGCCAGCAGGCAUCAGAUUUCUAAAAAAAUGUUGGUGGCUAAAUGACCUCUCAACAAAAUCGUUGGAUUCGCUCGUGUUUCAGACAGGUAAAAAAAUCUCAGAUAUCUUUAUCCCAUUACUCUUGGCAGCUGGUGUUUGUAAAUGUCCAACUUCAUUUUUGAAAUGUUCAUUAGACUAAUUGUUGGAGGAGGAAUGGACAUGAAGUUAUGGGUCAUUUAAUGGAUUGUCUGUUCACCCUGGCACCCUUUGCUUCCAAGCUUACUUUUCAGUAGCCCGGAGCACUGGGAUUAGACCCACAGUACAGUGGUACCUCGGGUUAAGUUAAUUCGUUCCGGAGGUCUGUUCUUAACCUGAAACUGUUCUUAACCUGAAGCACCACUUUAGCUAAUGGGGCCUCCUGCUGCCGCCACGCCACCAGAGCACGAUUUCUGUUCUCAUCCUGAAGCAAAGUUCUUAUCCUGAGGUACUAUUUCUGGGUUAGCGGAGUCUGUAACCUGAAGCGUAUGUAACCCGAAGCGUAUGUAACCAGAGGUACCACUGUAGUGACAGAAUUCCCACAGCUAAAGAGUUCAGGAGAGAUAUGGGUCUGAACAGGCUGAAGCAGCAGAAGCUGGGUUAACUAUGUCUUACCAUGCUCCCAAAAAGCUGAACAAAAGAUGUCCAGAAAUGAAAUGUCGACUGCUGCCUUUUGAUUGACACAUCUGUUGCCCGAUAGUCAGGAGAACACGCAAAGUACAAUUUAAUAAGCAGUGCACUUGAAACCCUGCGUCAUCUGACUUGGUCAGUCUUCAAGAGACUUUAUGAAAAGCCAUGCAUAAAAUGAUUUGUGCAGCAGUGUCCCAUUCAGGUUUCACAGAGCGUUUGGGAUACUUCCAGCAUCCAGGGCUACCAUGUCUAAGUCGGUUAUUUUUUAAAAUAAAAAUAAAAAUCCACAACCAAUAGUUGGCAUGAGAUGUCUCAAAAUACGAUCCACCCCUUCUUGGAAUAAUCACAGAACUUUUUCGUCGUAGUUGCUUUCUAGGUAGUCAGGGGUUCCCAAACUGCUCUGUGGGCCAUCAGUGGUCUGCAAAGCUUCAGGUGAUCCGUGGCAUGUCUGUGGGUUUGUGGUUAAAGGCGGCACAUCCAUCACAGUAAAUAUUCAUAGUGACUUUUAAUUACAUUUUAUUGCUGCUUUUGUUUCUUAUGUUAUUCAUUGUAUUAGUUUCACCUGAUGUUCACCUGCUGUUAAGCUGAAAUGACUGGGUGGUGGAGGUAGGUGAAAUAGCUACAAGUAGCUUUGGGUCAGAGAACUGUUUAAUCCCUUCCUUGUCAGCAGUAAUCCCACUCUCCCAUCCAUCUACUGUUUUAUCUGUAGGGAGAAAGAUACAGGGAACUUGCAUCUUUUUCUCUUUGGUGGGGGGUGAAUGGGAAUCUUCUGAGUGGACAGGGCAAGGAGAGUUAAAACAGGCCCUUCUUUUGUAAGCUUGUUCUCAGUUCAAGCUGAAGCCAUGCCAGAGCUGCACAGCAUCUUUUCCCCCUGAAAAGAAUUAGCUGGGAAAAACAGCCAUGGCUCUUACUGUAUCAUGAAGAAGAAGAAGAAGAGUUUGGAUUUGAUAUCCCGCCUUAGGAGUCUCAAAGCGGCUAACAUUCUCCUUUCCCUUUCUCCCCCACAACAAACACUCUGUGAGGUGAGUGGGGCUGAGAGACUUCAAAGAAGUGUGACUGGCCCAAGGUCACCCAGCAGCUGCAUGUGGAGGAGCGGAGACGCGAACCCGGUUCCCCAGAUUACAAGACUACCACUCUUAACCACUACACCACACUGAGUUGAAGUCACAAUGAACAGGAAACUCGUGACAUUACUGUAUGUUACAAAUCGAGAUCACAAGCCGGUCCUGUUCCAGCCUGCACUGUAUAAUCCCUACCCUGCAUGGUAGGAAGAGUUCCAAUACGCGAGUUGCUUGUUUACAUGUUUCACCUUCUGAUAACGCCUCUUGCUUUUCUGAAUGGAGGGGGGAGUGUGCAUAGAAACUAGCCUACUGUGCAAAAGUAAAAUUUGCAUUAGUCACUCUGCCUACUUUUCCUCUGAUCCCGCCCACCGCCAGCAUGCAGUUUCUGGGUUGCCCCAAAGGGGCUGUGGCUGGACCACAGCAACACUCCUCACUCCUGCCCAUUGGCUAAGCUGGGCUGUCAGAAGUUAAGAGUCCAACAACAUCUGGAGUGUCCAGAAUCCUCACAAGCAUAAAGCCGCACUCAAGAAAACAGAAAGCAGUUCUAAUUAAGUGGUGAUUGGCAGUUUUGAGGAGUUGAUGCUAGUAUGCUGAGGGUUGCAGAAAGAUUGACAGUAUGAGCGACGGGCACUGGCAAGUCUCUACUGCCUCAGCCAGGGGGUCGAUAGGAUUUACCUAUCCUUCUGUUGGCUUGCCAGCUGUUGAAGCUGCACCUGUCCCUGUCUCUUUAAGAGCAGUUUGGUCUGCAGGAAGCAGCAACUGAUUUCCCCCCUCUAUAUCUAGCAAAGCCUCAAGUUCCUGAACUCUGAAUAUCAAACCUUUCAAAGGCACAAGAGCAGACCUGCUCUUGCCUCCCCACCUCCACCAAGCUGGCAACCUACCUCAUAGGUGGCCAGAUAUCUGCAAUAGUUCUAAACCCCAAUAUUUAAUAGAUCUAUAUUCCCAUUAGAGCUGCCAUUUAAAAACAACAACUUUAGUCUAGAAGCCAUGAAGUCCCAUGUUACUUGUUUGCAUAAAACAUUCUGCAUUGGGUUUGCCCAACUGACUUGUGAGUUGGUUGAUCUGCAAAUAUGCCAGAUCACACCCAUCCCUUCCCCUCCACCUACUGCAAUCUAUUAUGUCCUCACAUGGCAAUGGUGAUGCAUCCAAAUUGCAUUCUGCCCAAAAGAUGUUUGCUUGUUCUGCAAGCAUAAUAGCUUCCCCUCAGCUUUCUGCCCCCAGUUUCCUUGGUGGCUCUAUUACUAAGGCAGUAGAAUUCUGCUUGGCAAAAUGGCUCAGCAAGUCUCAUCAUCCCCCUCCCUUUUAUACACUAUGCACUUACUAAGCCCCUAGCAACCACUCCCUUAACAGCAGCUGACUUUGAUUUGUCCGGUUUUUGAACUCAUUCCUAGUUUCCAGCAUCCUUGUUCUCUGCCUCGUUUUCUUCUGUCCUCAGAUGCAUGGUGCUCCUUCCUACACGACUCAUUGUAUAAGCAAAGCUUGCAGACAAACAGCUUAAACAACUUGUCUUUCAUUAUGUUUCUCUCCAUGUUCCACUGAGCAUGGGUGGGAUUCCAUUUGUUUAAACAGAAUUACGAGGAAACCUCUGUGGCUGAUAUUUCCAAUGCAACACCAGCAACAAAUACGUUUGCUCCUGCAAGGACAUGCAAUACCAUGCAGUGACCUCAUGGCAGCGAUGCCACCAAAGGGCACUGUGCACAGUGCUUUAUUGUAGCAGAAACCUCCUACCAUACAGGACCACCAAAUCCCAACUUUUUUUCUUGAAAAUGAAAAGGUCUGGCCAGCAGAGUUAUCCUUAAGGACAUUGCAGGGAUACUCUAGUAAUUGUGCCCCUUACCCUUUUAAAGCUCUUCAGAAUAUUACUACACCCUGUUUUGGCCCUGGCUUCUCACUGUCACCUCUGCUACCCCAGUUCCUGCACCCUCAGCUACACAAAGGCCACUUGCUGUUUAACACAGGCCUGAUGUAGCAGCCAGAUUCCCUGGUACUGCAGAGCCAAAGGGAGGCACACUGGACUCUGCCAAUGGUCAGGGCGACCAAGGGUCACUGGGAGGCUGGAGCCUUUGCCUUCUGGGAAGAAUAUCACAGCAAGUCAAGAGCAGCUGCAGGGGCCUUGCUUCCUCCCUCAAAGCCAGAAAGGACAACUCUGCUGCAACCUCCCAGUGUUCUUGAGCUAUGAAACCAAAGGGAGGUACACACUGGCUUGUGCCAUAAGCCAUAGAAUUAAAGGCUGCCAAGCCAUGGCUACAUUCUACCUCCACUGCUGGAGCUUGUAUGCCUCAGAAUACUGGUUGCUGGGGAGAGCGAUGUCCUGAUUGGGGGUUCCCAUUGGCAUUGGUUGGCCACUGUGAGAACAGGAGGCUGGACUAAAUGAGCCUUUGGCUUAAUCCCGCAGGCUCGUCUCAUGACCUGGGUUUGCAGAGGUGAGCUUUCGUAUUACAACAACUUGUGCUAAACCACCUAGAGAAUCGUUUAGUUCAAGGGCUGGUUCAAAAACCUCAAAAUAAACAAUUAUGCUCCCUUUCUGGCCCUGUGUGUGAAACUUUCUCAAACAGAGGUGUGGUCUUUAUAUGAGCAUUACCUCUUUUCCUUCUCAGAUCCCUCCUCAAAACUCACCUUCUCUGCAUGGCUUUCAGUGUACCUUAUUUGAUCACAUCUGUCCGCAUUCAUCUUUCCUGUGUUUCCCCAAAUUGUCUAUUUGGAAAGAGCAAGCUCUUUGCAGGCAGGGACAUUUCCAUUUUUGCCUCUCUAAGGCAUCAUGUACAUUGCUGGUGCUGAACUGGAAAAUGGUACACCCCAUCCAUUUUAAUACGCUGCUCGCCCAUUCUCAAAGGGAU